AUGGAUUUCCUUAAAUCCGCCAUCGGCUCCGCUAUCGCGAAGGGCGGCGGUCUUCCUUUCUCUUUAGGCGAGAAGGUGGAUUUUGGAGACUCGAUAUGGGCUUUGCAUAACGGCACAAAAAGGGAUGAUGGCUCAGCCUGCAGUGUCUUUGUAUUCAAUAUCGAUACGCACAGAUCGCGUCUUCCUCUCGCAAAGAAUGCCAUGCACAAGUCCAGGACUUUGCGCCACCCGGGUGUGAUUAAGGUCCUGGAUACCAUUGAGAACGAACACACUUUGUACAUAAUCACAGAGCGGGUUGCACCUCUUAGCUGGCCGGUGAAGAGGCGAAGCUUGAACGAGGAGACUGCCAAGUGGGGAUUACACACUGUCGCGAAUACACUCAAAUUUGUCAACAACGAUGCCCAGUCUGUUCAUGGUGCUGUGCGAGCAUCCUCGGUCUUCAUAAGUGAAAGUGGUGAAUGGAAGCUUGGGGGCUUCGACAUCCUGAGCUCCAUGAAAGAGGAAGAUGCAAUCAUUUACACCUAUGGUAGCGUUGUGCCUGAUUCUGGUCGCUAUACCCCUCCGGAGGUCGUCAAAGGUGGUUGGGACACAAUCAAACGAAACCCUCUGACGGCUGUUGAUUCUUAUGGUCUGGCCAUUCUGAUAUUUGAGGUGUUCAAUGGCAACUUCUCAGGCGGUGAUCAAGUUGGCAGGACGACAAACAUCCCCCCGAGUAUGCAACAAAGCUAUAAACGCCUUUGUACAGCCAACCCUAAGCUUAGAUUGAGCGCGGGGCAUUUUGUUGAACAAGGAAAGAAGCAUGGUGGUUUCUUCCAGACACCACUCAUUCGGAUGACAGAAGACAUUGACAGCCUGGGGCUCAAGAGUGACGCUGAGCGGGAACAGUUCAUCAAUGAACUUGACGACCUACCGGAAGAGUUCCCAGAGGCUUUCUUCAAGAUGAAGGUCCUUCCUGAAUUACUCAAGAGUGUUGAAUUCGGUGGUGGUGGUCCGAAGGUUCUAAGCGCAACCUUGAAGAUUGGAGUAAAGCUCUCGCCAGAUGAGUUCAACGCCAAAAUGACACCCGUUAUCGUGCGCCUGUUUGGCAACCCAGAUCGUGCAUUACGAGUCUGCCUUCUGGACAACUUGCCCCUGAUGAUUGAUAGCCUCCCCCAGAAGGUUGUUAACGACAAAAUCUUUCCCCAAAUGACUUCUGGGUUCACCGAUGUUGCCCCGGUGGUACGGGAACAGACCGUGAAGGCUAUUAUCCCUAUCAUCACCAAACUUAAUGACAGGAUUAUUAAUGGAGAGCUCUUGAAGUUCUUGGCGCGCACCGCGAAUGAUGAGCAGCCGGGCAUUCGGACUAAUACAACAAUCUGUCUCGGCCGAAUUGCUAAGAAUCUAGGCCAGAGUACUCGCUCCAAGGUGCUCAUCGCAGCAUUUACCAGAUCCAUUAGAGAUCCAUUUGAGCACGCCCGGGCCGCAGGACUCUUGGCGCUGGCUGCUACAAUCGACCUAUUCACGGAAGAUGAUUGCGCUGGCAAGAUUCUACCCGCAAUUUGCCCUUCGCUUUUGGAUAAGGAAAAAUUGAUUCGUGACCAAGCAAACAAGACGUUUGAUGUUUAUGUUAAGCGUAUACGGAAGUCUGCUGCAUCAAUGCCAGAUACUGUGAUACCCCUUCAUGCACGAGCCGAACCCCCCAGUAGACCUGGACCUCAAGCUGAGACACCAGGCGAUCAUUCCUGGGCUGGGUGGGCCAUCUCAUCGUUUACAAACAAAAUCGCAACUACGAGUGGGCCCAUUGAGCCGACGAACAGUGGAAAGCCCACUGAUCCUGAAACUGUUCGUCCUGCCUCAGCCCCUCGGCCUAACCAACCAUCCCCACCCGUUGAUCUACACAAACAAACCCUCCGCCCCACUGCCCAGCCGUUGAACCGCUCCCAUUCAGAUCGUCUUCCUCCAGGGGCCUACCAUGACGAACCCGAAGGGGAAGACGAUGACGUAUUCGAUGCUUGGGGUGCCAUGGACGACGAUGCGACAGAAACAGACCCGUUCACGGAUGCAGUCGAAUCUCAGCAAAUCUCUUCACCUGCUCUUUCAUCUAGCAAAGCUCCACAGAAGCCCUAUGACGACGGUGAUGAACUUGAUUUUGCCGGCUGGCUAGCUGCGAAGUCCCAGACCAAGGGCAACAAACCCCUGCCAAAGGGAUUGACUAAGGCCAAAUCAACCAACACGGUCACUACUCGCUCCACCGCAACUACUGCUAAACCACGAACCGUUGUCGCCCCAAAGAAGAUCGAUACGAAACCAAAAGAGGAGGUGGAUGAUGACUGGGGCGACGCGUGGGACUGA